GUACGUCGUUUUCCUUUUCUCAAGACCUCAGUUGUCAGAUCAUUGCCGAGAUCGGAGCGGUAAAAAUCCCUCCAUACAACUUUUCCGACCCAGCCUUAUGGUUCCACAUGUGUGAAAGCACAUUUGCGCUAGGAUCUCCAAAGCUGAUCACGGAAAGUGCCACAAAGUUCAACUACGUAGUGGCCCAUUUACCCCCGAAAGUCACAUCAACAGUUAGAGACAUUAUUAUUUCUCCGGACCAUACAGACCUGUACGGUCACAUAAAGGUAGAACUUAUUAAACGAUCCGGCGAAUCGUCUCAACAGGAGCUACGAAAACUAUUGGCCGAAGAACAGCUAGGAGAUCACAAACUCUCCAAACUACUAUGUAUUCUAAAGAGUCGGGCGGAAAAUUUUCAAAUCCCGGACGCAGUUAUACUAGAAUUAUUCAUACAACACCUUCCGACGUCCGUCCAAUCUAUCCUAGCCACCAUUACCCCACUCAACGUAGACAAAGCAGCGGAGGUAACGGACCGAAUGGUGGAAGUAACCUCCACAACGAUAGUUUCAGUGUCGCAACCUGAGAAACCCGUUACUGUAACCAACAAAAUACUAGUCGAAAUAGAUAAACUUAACAAGUGAAUCGAUCAACUAACGCAGGCACGUCGGGAUCGCAGUGACCAUUUUUCUCGAUGCUGCUGCAGCAGUUCAGGACAUUGCAACAAUUCAACUCACCACAGUAUUAACAACUACUGCUGGUACCAGAACCGUUUUGGCACAAAGGCACAAAAAUGUACUCCUCCGUGUAGUUUUUCCAACAAACGAGAGCGGCGAAGCGUAAAGGCGACAUGCACUUUGCCGGAACAAUCUCGUCGCCUGUUCAUCCUAGACAAGAAAAUGAACAUAAACU